GAAAUAUAUUAAGAAAGGAUCGAUUUCUUCUCCAGCAAAAACGACAUCAGACGGAGCCAUGGUCCGUACAGCACUUGCAGACGGUCUGAAAACUAGUGCAAACAGUAUCAAAACCAGUGCACAAUCAAUCGGGACAGUCACGGCAGCAGGUGCAAAUACCCUGCUACAUCUUCCUAUCAGUUUACGCGGGGCCAGGUCCUCUCGGAAUAAGAUUGCGGCAGCAACCGACUUGGCAGUAGGUGAUCCAACGAAGGCAGCAUAUCUUCUAGGCUCAAAAGGUCGAAAACACCAUGACAUUUGCACACUGCUAGAAGGCGAAUAUAAUCCGGAUAUCGGUGCGGGUGGUGGAGGUGGCAAGAGCAGAAGGAGGUCUUCUCAGAAAAAUCCCAAGAAUAGCUCUGCCUCUACUAAGGAUGAAAAAAGCCAACCAAAAAAUAACCAACAAGCGCGAGUUUCGCAACGUCAAGAUGCGCAAUCUCACUCUCACCUUCUAG